CAUCUAGUCAAGCCCCUACUCAAUGCCACGCCAGCCGGAUGUGGGCGUGUUUGUGCAUCAGCCUGUCCGACUCCAGCGUGGGACAUCAUGGCUGAAACAUGCAGGGUGGCUGGCAGUGUUGCUGGCUACACCUGCCCCAGAUAUCCACUUGAAGGCACUCUCCUCAGACUGGCCCGUAGGUGGCAGCACUAGCCUUUGUCCCAGGAAUAACCCUGGGAGAGGUUGGGCUCCAGUUCUGCUGUGGGGGUGGGGAUAAGUGGGAGGGCACUCAGGGCUGCUGAGCCCAGUUCAGCAGCACUGGAGCUGUGCUUAGCACAGGGACCACGGAGAAGGAUAAAACCCUGUAAGGUGCAGGGAGCUGAGGCAGCCGCCAGCCCAGGUUAGAACAGUUCCUGAGGGGCUGCCCUAACUUGUACCUAGCUGUCAAUGGCUUGUGGGCUUUUCUGCCAGCUGUGAAUACCAGAGGGUGGGAAUGCGGCAGCCACAACCCCUGCUGCUCUGCCACAUGGACUACUGGGGGUGCUUGGGGCUGAGUUAGCACCGGCUCUACUGACUCUGAGUGCUCUGUACAGCAGGGGUUGCUCAGAGGGCACUUAUGGCAGCUUUACAGCUCCGAUAUACUGACACAGCCGGUACAAAAAAUGGUGGGGAAAUGCUGGCUUUGCCCUUUGUGCCCUGCCCAGCUCCUGCACUUUCCUGGUCCUUGUGGAACCUAGUGACAUGGUUCCAGUGAUGCACGCUGCAUCAAAUUCCCCACUGCCCCCUGUAUCAAGCCCUGGUGCUCACAGGCUGGGGAAAUAUCUCCUGUGCGGAAUGUGCCACAGGAGGGAGACUGACAUGGCCUGCCUGUCAGCUCCACUUCUGUCCAACCUUCACUGGCUCAGGGACAGAAGCUGGUGGCAUUGUGAGGUGCCCAGUACCCUGGAAGGCUGCAGCCUGUAGGGGGCACCAACAUGUGUCACCUGCUGCUCCAAGUCAGCGGUGUUACCCACACCUUGCAUCUGCCCAUUUCUCACCUGCCUCUCAGUUCUUCUGCAGAUGGGCAACUCUAGCUAAUGCUAGAGACAAACAACACUCCAGGCUGUCCUUACUGGCAGCAUGGCUCCAAGGUAUCUGGCCAAAUGGAGUGGUGUAGGGUAGGACUCAGCACAGGGCUGGCAGUGGUGCUGAGUAACGGGUGUGACACAGGCAAGGAGUAUGGUACAGCACUGGGUUGGAAUGUGGCAUGGGGCAGAGGCUGAAAAGCAACUGGCACCUUAGUCCCACAAAUGGGAAUCUCUUAUAAUUCAGUUCAGUUUUCUAAAAUGAUGCACUAUUUGUUUUUUGAUGACCAGGUUUUUGGUGAUGGGAUGGCCAGGCCAGAUACCACAAGCAAGACAGCAGGGAGGGGCAGGGGACAGGAGACUGCAGAGAGGGCAUGGAGGAUUGGGGCCCAAAUGCUAGACAAGGGAAUGCUAGGGCUCAGCACAAAUGCAGGCUGUACCUUUGGACAGCAGGUAUCAAGAGAGCGGGUCAAUGCAGAGCAUCAUUAGUAAAACCAAUCUUCAAAGGACAUCGCAACAAAGAGCAGCAAAGCAAGGGGUUCUGAGUCUUCUCCUGAACCAGGAGCCUUUGGCCCUGUCUCACCGCAGCAGGAAUCCAGCGGGUCCCCUUCUGGGGCUGGGAGAAGGCAGUGCUGGCAAAGGGAGAUAGGGAAGCUGACAGGAGGGGUGGUGGUGGUGGUUACCUAACUGUGAUGGGCGAUCAGAAUGCCAGUGACUUCCACGCCGCCCCCACCCCCAGGCAAGUUUCUCACUGCCCUCCAUUGCAGUGCAAUUUCUUUUCAGGCAGGCAGCUGAGUCAGGGCACCCAUUCCCACUGCAGCUUCCCAGCUCCUAUAUCCCCCCUCUAGUCUAGUCAGUGGGAGUGUCAGUGUGGUGAAUCUAUAAAGGACUGGAAAGUUUUUUGGGCAAUCCACGAGGCAGCGAAGAGAGUGUCUGAAAUGGGGCAGAGGAAGGGCAAAGGGAAUGAAUAAGCAGGGAGCGAUGAGGCUGCAGAUCAGGGAUUCUGGCUGGGACUGUGCCCCUCGGAUGGGCAGGCUUGAAGACGGGGUGUUCUCAGAAGUGCACAUUGAGCUGGUGAGCUGAAUGGAAGGAGGGAGUUGGCACUGACAGCCUCUGGCUUCUGACCCCGCCUCUCCCCACUCCAGGCCCUCCCUCUCCUUGGCACGAUGCUCAGAGAGCAAGCCUGAAACUCUGCAAGUGCCCAGGGAAAGCAAGAGCUGUAAGGUGACCGGGAGAAACGGCAGCACCGGCUGGCCAGGGAUGGGAUCAAGCUGGAGCCCAUCCCACACAGGGACACACAUCACCUGAGGAACUGACUCUGAAACCAAAGAGAGCAGGUAUGGAAGGUUGAAGACAGGAUGGUAGCUGGAGAGAUCUUCAGGGUCAAGUGUUGGCUAUAGUUGAUGACUGGGUGAACUACUGCAUUUUCCAAGGAGUUUGAGAUUGGCUUCAGGCAAUGGCCACUUUGGUGGGGACAUUCCCAGUUGCUCUGUUGACUCCAACACCCACUUUCCAGCUGACAGCAAAUACCACCAGCGAUGGAGAGGAGAAUUGCGUCUUCAAUGAGGAGUUUAAGUUCAUUCUGCUGCCUGUGUCCUAUGGGUUUGUCUCUGUGGUGGGGCUGCUGCUCAAUUCCUGGGCGUUGUGGAUGUUCAUCUGCAAGAUGAGGCCCUGGAAUGCCACCACCACCUACAUGUUCAAUCUGGCCCUCUCAGACACCCUGUACGUGCUUUCCCUCCCCACCCUGGUCUAUUACUAUGCUGACCGCAACAACUGGCCUUUUGGGGAGGGACUCUGCAAGAUUGUGCGCUUCCUCUUCUAUGCUAAUCUGUACUGUAGCAUACUCUUCCUCACCUGCAUCAGCGUGCACCGCUACAUGGGGAUCUGCCACCCCAUUCAGUCGCUCGGGUGGGUGAAGACCAAGCAUGCCCGCCUCAUCUGUGUGGGUGUGUGGUUCAUUGUCACCAUCUGCCUCAUACCCAACCUGAUCUUUGUCACCACCAGCUCCAGGGGCAACGACACCCUUUGCCACGACACCACCAAGCCCGAAGAGUUUGACCACUAUGUGCACUACAGCUCCUCAAUCAUGACCCUCCUCUUUGGCAUACCCUUUCUGGUGAUCAUCGUGUGCUACAGCCUGAUGGCGAAGAGGCUUUGGAAACCCAGCCUAUCCAGCUCCAACCAGAGCAUCCCCUUCUACAAGAAACGCUCUAUCAAGAUUAUCAUCAUUGUAAUCACAGUCUUCGCCAUCUGCUUCCUACCCUUCCACAUCACACGGACAUUGUACUAUACUGCCCGGCUCUUCCAAGCCAACUGCAGGACCCUCAACAUCAUCAACUUCACCUACAAGAUCACACGGCCUCUGGCCAGCAUCAACAGCUGCAUAGACCCCAUCCUGUACUUUCUGGCUGGGGAUAAAUACAGGGGAAGGCUGCGUCGGGCUGCAAUCAAAAUGCCCAAUGCCGAGAACACAUCUACUCUAGCCCUCGUCUCACAACUCAAGAAGAACGGCUUCUCUACCUCCCGAGGUGCCAGCUACUCCAUAAAUGAUGCCUGAGAAAAGGGGGUGAAACUGACCGACAAUGGAAGCAGCGAGGGGUAUUGAAAGGGCUAGAGCCUGGGGAGCCAGUAUGCAUCGAGGCCAGCAUGUGGGACCAGCAUUAGGGAAGGCUAUAGAGUUGCUGGAUUAGUCUCACUCCAGAAUGGAGGUCUCCUCCAUCUCCUCCUAAUCUCUGUGAAUUAUUUCCCCACUGUGCUGUGUCUGCUUCUGACACAAUCAUUUUGGCACCAGGUUUAACCUCUGAAUGCUUUUGAACUAGGUUUACACUCCCAUGCUCAGAGAAUGCUCUACCCCUCUCACACAGACUGAACAUCUAUCUCAGAGCCAGGGAUAUUCCCUGUCUUGUCAUAGCUUGGGAGGACCACCCGGAGUAACGCCAAUGGGAGUUCAGAGAGAAGAGACCCCUACAUCCCAUAAGGAAAUGGGGGAGGCCAGAGGGAUUGUCUUAUGAAGAGUACGAGAGACUCACAGGUAGCAAAUUCCCUGCUUCAGAUGCAAGUGGGGGCAGAGCAGUGGGAAGGGAGGGGACAUGGUGACACUUCGCUGGUCAGAAGCCUAGGAACCUAGAAGCCCCAGUGCCUGAGGCUGAGAGCAAAGAGAUGGAGGAUUUUACCAUAGGAAAGGAGCCAGCAAUUGACCACAGGCCACAAAACUGGCCUCCUGACUUCUUUUGGGAGAAGCCCAAGUAGGCUGUUUCAAGUAGCCUGGGGCCCUGGGCUGCUGACAAGGGAAGAUCACAGCCUAGCGUGUGCGGUACAAUGCUAGGGAGCUGAGGACUUAGAAUAGGGCAUGCUGGGUCUAAUGAUAAGCUAUGUACGGGGGUCCAGGUAAGAAGAAAGGAGCCUGUCUUCCCAGGCACAGAAAACCCAUAUAGAGCUUCCUUCAAAGUGACCCAGAGACAAUAGAGACCCCUGCUGAAAAAUAAAUAGGGACAAUGCUUAUAAAGAAGAAUAUUUAGCACAUUAUAAACAGUAACUAAGUGACCUAAUGGGGUCAACACUGGGUCAAAGCGUACGGGAGGCGAAAUAGAGGGGAGCUCCCGCAGCUAGGAGUCGAGGUGCAGCAUAUGCUAUUGAGGACAACACGACGGUCAGACAGAGAAGGGGAGAAGAAACAACUGACCUGGAUUCCUGGGCCCAGUGGCCUGACCUUUUGCUGGCCAUAGUUUCAGCAGCAGGGGGGAGUCUGUCAUGUCAGGAAUCUUUCCUGACCAUGCUCAGACGACGCUAUGUCAUGGCCUGAGUCAGUAUUUGUUCGGAGCAGUGGCUGCCAUGCCAGCUGCGAACUCCCUGCUGGCACAAGGGUAUCUCUUAGAUUACUGACCGUCACUAACUUCACCUCAUUUGCCUUACUUCCCUUUUGCUGCUCUAAGCUGGGGGAAACUGAGUCUGGAUCAAAAGCAAAAGUAGCUGAGCUGCUGUUGACAGUGCAGGCACCAUGCCACGAGGCAGCCAGGGCUGGCAAGGGAGCACUUUCAGGGCACUGGUUCUAGCAAUGCAGAAGAGAGACUGGGGCUGGCUCUGGCAGGAUGCAGGUGACAGGGUAGUGAUGCAUACAGAGUUAAAGCCUGAGCAGUGGCCAUGGAACCGUGUGUGUAUUGUAGAUGCUGUUACACAUCUCUGUCCCUUUGUGUACGGGAGGGCAUGACUCGCCAUAUAACUAACAGAGAAGGCACCACAGCACCUUUGCUCCCCACUCUCCUAGCUCCAGGUGACUGGAGGGUGGGCAGAGCCCCCAGGGCAAUGAAGCCCAUGAAAGCAACUAACUGAUCCAUGAAUAAAAUGUUUUCCUGAGCAAUUUUCCUAAGGCCCAGGACUGUUUCCCUCCCUAUUGCCACCAGGAAAUCAAUAAACAGGAGAGAACUGGCAUGCAUGAGAAUCUUUUAAAUGUCUCAUUGAAGGUCCAUUUGGCUCAGCCAAGCUGUGAAGUGUCCAUUGCUGAAAGCUGAGAAAGGAAGAAAUGCCAGGUGACACGUCUGCCUGGGCUCAGUGGCUUGGCACAUUUCCUUAGGGCCUCAGGAGAGUUCAGAGUCAGUUUCACCCCUCAGGACUCCUGGAAAUGGCCAGAGUGAGUUUUCCACUGCAGUCAGAGUGGGGAAAUAACUGAGGGCACACCUGCUACCUUCUGAUAGGUCUUGUAAAGGGGAAGGGUAGCGGAGGGGAAGG